AUGAUAAAAAUUUUAUUAAUUGACUACUUUUUGAUAUAUUCUACAAGAACCGAGAUAUAUCAGCUCAAAUUUGGGUGUGCUCCUAUUAGAGGAAAUUCGAGAUUCGUGGUAACCCUAGCCCUGAUCAUCGUCUCCACCCAAGCCUUCCUCUUCCCGGGAGGUGGAGGUGGUGGUGGAUGCGGAGGCGGAUGUGGAGGCGGAUGUGGAGGAGGUGGUGGUGGAGGAUGUCUGCCAACUCUCGGAUGCUCAGUUAUCUCAUUCAACGUCCCAACACUCAAACUUCCCCCUCCACCACCACCACCGUGUGGCGGAGGAUGCGGAUGCGGAAGAAAGAAGAGAGCAGCCAGCGAGGAUUCCAAGUGUACCGAUCCAGAGUUGAGAAAGAUCAUCUUGAAUGGAGUCCGCACCACCACCACCGAAUCCCGAGACAACAUUGUCGCUAGUCUCAAGGAGAAAUACGCUGGAGUCAGAUACCUCGUCACCUGUAUCGAGGGCGAGAACGAUUUCGCGUCGUCCUCUUCGGACUACUGUGCCGACGGAAGCCAACAACAAACCUGCAUUGUCGCAAAAGCCACUGAUUAG